AUGGCGGCAACACUUCAAACAUUGGGCCUCGCAGCUCUCUCGCUCUCAUCUCUCGCCUAUGCUCAGCAGGCUGGUGGCGGAGAGAAACAUCCGUGUCUCACGAGCCAAUACUGCACGAAGAAAGACGGCUGCACCACUCUACAGACCUCGGUGGUCAUUGAUUCAGGAAGCCACGCGAUCCAGAACAUCAAGACCGGCGAUUCAUGUUUGGCGGACGGCGGACUCGAUGAAGCAAGCUGCCCCAACGUAAAGAAAUGCGGCAAGAACUGUGAGAUUGUGGGCAUCUCCGACUACGCAUCCCAUGGCGUGACCACCUCGGGCAGCUCCAUGACCCUCCAGAUGUACGUCAAUGGUGAGAGCGCAUCACCUCGAGUGUACCUGCUCGACCCGUCUGGAAAGAACUACGAGCUUCUCAAGCUCAACGGCCAGGAAUUCACGUUCGAUGUCGACAUGCACGACUUGCCAUGCGGUAUGAACGGCGCCCUCUACUUCUCCGAGAUGGAAGCCAGCGGUGGCCGCAGCAAGUACAACCCAGCCGGCGCCGAGUAUGGUACAGGUUAUUGUGACGCUCAGUGCUUCAAUACCAGCUCAUUCAUCAACGGCGUGGCCAACGUCAACCAACUUGGCGCCUGCUGCAACGAGAUGGAUAUUUGGGAAGCCAACUCUGUCGCCACGGCAUACACUCCUCACACCUGCACCAAGCCCGGCUUCUACGAGUGUGCCGGGGAUGAGUGCGGUCCUGAUGGGAUCUGUGACAAGAAUGGCUGUGGAUUCAACCCCUACGCGCUCGGCAAGCACAACUUCUACGGCCCCUACGACAAGGUCAACACGGCCAGACCUUUCACGGUCGUGACGCAGUUCAUCACCAACGAUGGCACCACGUCUGGUACCUUGCAGGAGAUUCGCCGCAUCUACAAGCAAGGCAACAAGAUCAUCCAAAACGUCGCCGUGAAAUUCCAGGACGGCACUAUCAAUUCUCUCACAAACCCCUACUGCUCGGCGACGGCGGACGGAUUUACUGAACGAGGUGGCUUGGCUGAAAUGGGCGAGGCUCUCGGACGAGGCAUGGUCCUUGCAAUGAGCAUCUGGAACGAUGCCGGAGGCUAUAUGAACUGGCUCGAUGCUGGAAAGGCAGGUCCUUGCGCGCCAAAGGAGGGCAAGCCGUCGAGGAUUGAGAAGAACGAUCCAGGGACCCAUGUGGUGUUCUCGAACAUCAAGUGGGGUGACAUUGGGUCGACUUACUAG